AAAUAAUUAAGAUUACUGUGUCGACGGCGCUGUUCCAAACCAGGGAUGGAGAGGAAACUGGGUUGUUCUUUGAUAAGCUGUUGGAGAAUUUGAGUAAUUAUGGCCAAUAUUAAUACGAGAGGGAUGGAAAGAGGUAGAGGACGGAUUACAUCAGAUCCUUCACCAAGAGGCGCAUACCCACAUCAGUACGUUCUCCCUGGCACUCAGGGUAUAGACAUUCAAGAGCUUGCCUCAAAGCGGGUCGACAUCCAGAAGAAGCGCUUCUACUUGGAUGUGAAGCAGAGUGCGAGGGGGCGAUUUCUAAAAAUUGCUGAGGUGUGGAUUGGAAGAGGCAGACAUGAUAACAUCAGGAAGAGCAAACUGACACUCUCGAUGUCAAUGGCACCGGACCUAAGGUACUGCUUAGGGGACUUCAUAGAUUAUUACGCGCACAUCGGACUCCGUAGUUGCCAAGUGCCACGACCUGAGGAGCAGAGUAAUGGCCAAGGCCGUCCGCAGGACUCCCGCAGGAGGCAGCAGGAUCAUCAUGCACCUCCAGUCUCUCCAACCGGUUCUGCUGCAUCGGACGAACACGCGCAUCGCGUCCUGAAAAGUGAAUCUAUUGAAAGAGACAACCGAAAAUACUAUUUGGACCUGAAGGAAAACCAGCGUGGCAGGUUUCUGCGCAUCAGACAGACUGUCAGCAGAGGACAUGGGACAAUGGGCUACUACGGUCAGGGUAUUGAGCAGACCAUAGUAUUACCAGCACAAGGGCUUAUCGAGUUCCGAGAUGCUUUGUCGCAGCUGAUUGAGGACUAUGGUGAUGAUGAGACCGAUGACCGCAGCAGGGCUAACCGGAACCACGACGAAGCACCCGAGCUUCCCGAAGCAGCUUCUUUCCGUGUCGACAAUAAGAGAUUUUAUUUUGACGUGGGUUCUAAUAGGUACGGCGUAUUUCUUAAAAUUAGCGAGGUACGACAGCCAUAUAGGAACACAAUCACCGUACCCCUCAAAGCAUGGGCCAGGUUUGGUGAAAACUUCAUUAGAUAUGAGGAGGAAAUGCGGCGGAUUUUCACCUGUCAUAAAGAGAAGAGGACUGAGGCGCGCGCUGACAGCGAAGAGCAAGAGGAUUGA